UUUGUGGGAAAGCUUUCAUCGCCAGCUUUCGCCGAUAUCGGGUGGCAACGUCUUGGUUUUAUCGCAACCUCUGAGGCCUUCAGCUUUAGUUUGCAUUUGCAUUGCGCAAAGUGCAAAUCUCAUCAGAAAAACUAGUGUCAUCAUGUCUUUUUGGAGCCACGUACUGGAUGCCCUGCUGGCACUAGUCCACAUCCUGAGCGAUCGUCUCCUGGAGUUCGUUUUGGGAUGGUAUCUGGGUGACCACAAACGAGUUCCGGGUCCACCAAGUUUGGAACAACAGUCUUUGCUGAGCAAGAGUGCCGUGGAGUUAGCCCAACAGAUACGGGAACGUAAGCUGCGGAGUUACGACAUAGUCAAGGCGUACUGUGAACGGAUCGAGAGCGUUAAUCGGGAUCUAAAUGCUGUGGUCGAUGGUCCAUUUCCGGAAGCCUUGGAUCAGGCACGGGAAAUUGAUCGUAGAUUGGCCAAAAAAGAGUACACCGAUGAGGACUUCCGGCGUCAGCCCUUCCUGGGAGUUCCCUUCUCAACUAAGGAUAGUACCGCUGUGGCCGGAAAGCUCCAUACCUUGGGUCUGGUAUCCCGAAAAACGGAACGGUCGUCUACGGAUGCCGAAUGUGUUCGCUUGAUGAAGGAAAGUGGCGCAAUUAUCAUCGCCACCAGCAAUAUUCCGGAGGUAAAUAAGUGGAUUGAGUCGAGGAAUAUGCUAAUUGGUGGAACCAACAAUCCAUAUGAUCUAAGACGGUCUGUUGGCGGUUCUUCGGGUGGAGAAGCCGCUCUGAUUGCCGCCUGCUGUACGGGAUUCGGCUUGGGAACCGAUAUAGGUGGUUCCAUACGUAUACCGGCCUUUAACUGCGGAGUCUUUGGACACAAGCCCACCUCCGGGGCAGUCAACAUGGCCGGUUGUACUUUUAGAACCGGCAAAGAAAAAGAGACAAUGGUCUGUGCCGGCCCAAUGAGUCGUUUCGCCCGAGAUUUACUGCCCAUGAUGCAGGUUCUGGCCGAGCCUUCCCUUAAAUCCAAGCUAAAGCUGGAUGAAAAGGUGGAUUUGAAGCGUCUACGUUACUUCUAUGUGGCUUCCAAUGGCAUGGCUCAGUGUAAUCCUAUUAAUAAGGAAACCGAAAGAGUUAUGUAUAAGAUCCGUAAACAUUUUGAGAAUCUGAGCGGAAAGGAUGUGCAACAUGCCAACAUACCUAAUACCAAUUUGACCGGCAAGAUGUGGCGCUAUUGGAUGACCCAGGAACCGGCCAACUUUAAUUUGUUACUGGGUAACGGCGCUGAACUCAAUCCAUUUGUGGAGCUCUUCAAGAAACUCCUGGGACAAAGUGACUACAGUAUGGCAGCCAUUUACGGUCUGAUUGAUGGUGUUUUGCCCAAGGAAAAGGAGAAACUAAUAAGGGAAGCCACGGCAAAGUGCAGGAAAUCGGUCCAGGAAUUACUAGGCGAUGAUGGGGUUUUGUUUUUCCACAGUUCUCCGAGGACGGCGCCAUUCCAUUUCUAUCCAUUGGUCAAGUUCAAUGAUUUUGCAUACUUCAGCCUGUUCAAUGUGCUCCACUUGCCGGCUACUCAGGUUCCCAUGGGUCUCGACUCGAAGGGUAUGCCGCUGGGCAUCCAGGUGGUGGCCAAUCCGAAUAAUGAUCGUCUUUGUCUUGCGGUUGCCGAGGAAUUGGAACGGACUUUUGGGGGUUGGGUGCCUCCAUUUCCCUUGAAAAACUAGAUGCUUUAAAGGACCAAACUAUUGUUAAAAUACUUUCGGUGUCGGUAACGCUCAAGACUGUCGCUUAUGGCCUUUGUUACAGGAAUUUAAUAAAAUUGACUAUUUUUCGAUUGUUUGAGUAUUUUAGGUAUUCAUGUAACUUGGUAUUUUAGAGUUGUAAUAAACAAUUUUGACUUAAUAAAUCGAAUUUUUAAUAUUUAAA